CUCGGGGUUUUAAGCCCGGGUUAGCCGGCCGAUUCGUGGAUAAGGGGAUGUUAUAUCCGAGGUACAGUAUUAGGGACGUUGAGAUUAUACAUACGAGGGAAAGAUAUAAAACACCGCCAAGAGUCUGCUUCUCACGCUCGUCCACAUUCCCAAACAAGUCCAUCGUCCGGCGAGAACCGAAUUUAUAUAGAGCUUACGGUGCUUACCUCAAUACUCUACUACUAGUAUCAUAAACUCAAUAAAGAAGUCACAACCGUAAUCCGCCAAAGUCCACCCACCAUGGCCACCAAACACCUUGAGAGAGUCGCCAUCAUCGGUGCUUCCGGCAACAUCGGACGCGCCUUCGCCGAAGCACUGCUCAAGACCGGCAAGCACACCGUCACGGCGCUGAAGCGCAAGGGCAGCAACAGCUCGGUACCCACGGGCGUCAGGGUGGUCGAGGUGGACUACGACGACGACGCGGCGCUAGUCUCGGCGCUCCAGGGCCAGCAAUUCCUGGUCGUGACGCUGGGCACGCGGGUUCCCGAGGAUCUGCACCCCCGGAUCUGCGCCGCGGCAGGCAAGGCCGGCGUGGGCUACAUCAUGCCCAACAAGUUCGGCUUCCCGACGCCCCCAACCACGGCAACCACGGCAACCACCACCACCGCGCCACCACCUCCUCCUCCUACUACUCCAGCCGGGCAGGUGGCCCGCAACGCGAUCCAGCGCAUCGCGGACGUGCAGAACAACGGCGUGUCCGCCUACGUCACGCUCAACUGCGGCUUCUGGUACGAGUGGUCGCUGGCGGCGGGCGACCCGUGGUUCGGCUUCAGCAUCGCGGCGCGCAAGGCGACCUUCUUCGACGACGGGCGGCGCACCAUCACGGUCAGCACGUGGGCGCAGUGCGGCCGGGCGCUGGCGGCGCUGCUCAGCCUGCCCGAAUCGUCGUCCUCCUCCUUCUCCUCAUCCGAUUCUGCUCCUUCGCUCGCCGACUUCCGGAACGGCCACGUCAACAUCGCCAGCUGGCGCGUCUCGCAGCGCGACAUGCUCGAUAGCCUGCAUCGCGUGCUGGACACGACGGAUGCCGAUUGGCAGAUCGCCUACGAGUCGACCGCCCAGCGGGUGCGGGAUGGUGUGGCGGAGUUGGGGAGGGGGGAUUACAGGGGCUUUGCUAAGAACUUGUAUGCUACGGUUUUCGCUCCGCCGUCUGGUAAGGAUGAUGAUGAUGAUGCGGCGGCGGUGGUGGAUGUCUAUGACUAUGCUAGGACUCAAGGGACGGCUAAUGAGCUGCUUGGGCUUCCGGAGGAGGAUCUAGAUGCUGCGACGAGGACAGCGGUGGAGAUGGUUGAGAGCGGGUGGAAUCCUUUGGGGGUUUGAGUGGAUUUAUCAGAAGUUACACCACGAGGAAGAAUACCUGGUAGGUAUUCGAUGAUAGAGGGCCGGGACAGGCCUAGGCUGGGGGAUGCAUGAAGAGAAAUGUUACUGCCCUUCACCCCAGCUAAGUACUGUACCUGCGGGUUCAUGUGUCAAGUCGAGAAUCAAAUGGCCGAGUGGAGCGAUCAAAGGCCACGAGAGGCCUCCUUCUGCUUGUAGCUGUUGCAUUAAGCGUUGUCGGGACACAAUGUCGACUUGGCCGUGGGCACUAAAAUCUCUUACAAGUCACACAAGAAAGAUACUCGCU